AACCAAUCGUGGGCGGCGUCCGGAAACGGUGGUCGCUUGCAGAGGUCUUUACUCGAGCCAGCACACAUGGACGGCCCUCCCCGGUCCAAGCCGCGCGCCCGGCGCCCGACGCUCGAGGUCGCGACAGCGCAGGACGCGCCCAAGUUGCCGCCCAAGUCGGCGCCCACCGAUGCGAAGAAGCCGCCGACGACGCUCAAUCCAAAUGCGUCCGUCUUUACCUUUUCGCCGGCGCCGCCGCCCAAGAGCCACGAGCGCCGGCGGCGGCCGACCAAGCAGGCCGAUGCCGUGACGCCGACUGGCGCGGGGUACCUGCCGUCCACAGAAGAGUCGCCAUCCAGCACGCGCCGCUCGCAUCUGCUCAAGGAUGGAUCGCGCCCGGUCAUUGGCCAUCGCCACAAAAAGACCAAGAACAGCGCGACAGCGCCGAGCGUGGGGCCUUCGCCAACCGCCAAGCAGGUCGCUACGAAGGUGGCUGUCAAGACGACUGUGACGACGAAUGUCAAGAAGAAGAAGACCAAGCCGAAACUACAGAUCCUGCGCCGGCCACGCAGCGACAGCACGGGUGGCAGCUCGUCCGAAGAGGACGAUGAAGCGUACCCUGCCAAGCCGGCGGCCAAGGCGAGCGCGUUCACGGACCGCCUCGCCUUUUCGCUGCCGCAGAAGCGCAUUCCGAAGCGCGUCACGCGCGAAGCCGUCGUGGAUACCGUGUUCGAAGCGCUCUUUGCUAACAAGCUGUCGCUCGACUCGGGCAGCGAGUCGGAGGAGCCCAACGAGCACUUUGUCAAGAACGGGCUCACGUCGAUCCUCUUCUCGAACGGCGUGAGCUUGAACCUGAGCGACGCGAACGCCGAGACGACCAUGGACCAGUACAUCACGCCCGUCUUUAUCCACCGCCUCAUCACGGAAAUGCGGUUUGAAGAUUACCGCACCUCGAGCGCGCGGCUGCACAUUCUGCGGGCGAUCCACAAGCACUUGCCGCACCGACGCGACCACAUUUCCCGCGCGUUGGCCGACGCCACGUUCCUGCGUCUCGAGUACCUCGAAGCUGUCCACGCUGAGGCCCAGCGGCAGUGCAAGGAAGUCGCGCUUGUGACGGCCGAGACGUGCAUGACCAACAUGUCUGCCGCCACGCGCAGCGCCAAGAACAAGAACUUUGACCAUGGCCACAGCUGGACCGAGUUUCUGCGGUACGCGAUUGAACACAUUGGGAUGGGCGGCGAGGCAGAUGGGAUCCUCCAAAACUACGCGCGGGCGUGGACGCACCUCAUGCGCUGCCACUACCUCGACGCUGCCGGGUCCGACGAAGACGAGCUCGUGACGGCGGGCGGUCAGUUCGUCGCGUAUGUACCGUCGAUGGCGGCCGAGCUGCUUCGCCGACUCUUGCACGCCUGGCCGCGCCGCCAGCCGGGCCGCCAAGCGCUCGCGAUCCGCGCGGCGGCCCGUAUUCUGCUCUCGGCGCCCCGCUUUGACGGCGCCUGCGUCCUGCGGCUCUUCCAAACGCUGGGCCAAUGCAUGCAGGAGCCGCACAUUGCAGUCGCGAAGGAGGCGCUCGCGUUCACGGGCUGCCAAUUUGUCAUGCUCAACUACGUUCAACUGCACUCGGAGAUUUACGCAGCGCUCUCGAGCAGCUUCAAUAGCGUCUCGACGUCGCACUGGAACGAAGCCAUUCGAGGGCUCGGCGCCCGCCACUUUGACACGAUCCUUGACUUUGCGCCGUAGAGUUUUUUUAAAGUUGCGACCGGAUUAGAAAACAACACUUAUCUUUGUGAA